UUCCUUGUGGCGGCGGCUAGAGAGCAGAGUAUGAACUGCGGCAACCGGAGUCAUGGUACGACAGGCAUUUAGAAAGUUUCUUCCCCUCUUUGACCAAGUAUUAGCUGAAAGAAGUACAGCCAAAACUGUAACCAAAGAAGGCAUUAUGUUUCCAAAACAAUCACAAGGAAAAGUAUUGCAAGCAACGGUAGUAGCUGUUGGAUUAGGCUCUAAAGGAAAGGGUGGAGAAUUUCAACCAGCUGGUGUGAAAGUCAGAGAUACAGUUCUUCUCCCAGAAUAUGGAGGCACCAAAGUAGUUCUAGAUGACAAGGAUUAUUUCUUAUUUAGAGAUGGUGACAUUCUCGGAAAAUACGUUGACUAAAAUAAGUCACUACUGAAAUGGCAUCACGUGAAGCUUGCUGCCCAUUCCAGUGAAGUUCUGAAAUCUUUCAUCAUGUAAAUAAUUUCCAUGUUUCUCUUUUAUAAUAAACUAAUGAUAAUCAAAC